CAACAGCAACAACAAACAUUUAGAGUAAGUGAUAAUAUGGCGGACGAGGAAGUAGAAGAAAUUUAUCUUCAAUUAAAAGAAGAGGUUUUGAAAGAUUUGAGACCUUUUCUAGUCCAAAACCUGGAGUGUCAAAAGUUGUUUGCCUUUUUAAGAUCGCGUGAAGUGCUUGAUGUUGAUGAUCAAGAAGAAAUUGAGGCAGAAAAAAUAAGACGAAGGAGGAAUGAACGACUCUUGGACAUUGUAAAAAGCAGAGGAUCAGAUGGUUUUGAUAACUUCUGUGAAGCAAUCAGACAGAAUAAGACCCAGAUCUUUAUUCUGAAAGCAAUUCUCGAUUCUUUUCAAAAGAAACUGGACAACUGUUCUGAUAUUUCAUUAUUUAAUGGAAAUGGUAGUAAUGAAUUGACAGAAGCCCAGCUACCUGUUCCAGGGGGGCCUGGUGGCCCAGCUGUUCCAUAUUUUGAGAUUCCUGAAGAAUAUAUAACAACCACAAAUGGUGAAAUCAGGGGAAGAAGAGCAAGAUCACCACCUCCAGUGUAUACAGAGUCUUAGUUUAACAAACCCAGUGAACCUAGAACUUUGCUGGUACUUUCAUACCAAACUUGGCAAAUUAGGUACAUAUGUUAUUGUCAGAAUUUGUUUUAGCAUCCAAUUCUUUUUAAAAGGGCAGAUAAUUUAUUUGUGCUUAAUAUUUUUUAGUCUUGUCUUGAAAUUCUUA